CAAUUUUCAUCAGUCGCUCGUCAACAUCUGACCGAACGGUUAACUUAACGAUUUUCUCUUGGAAAACCUUUUCUUGAAGCCUUGUGCUUAUUUGUGCUUAUUCAGUGACAAUAUCAUUAAACAUUAAAUUUACGUGUUAUAUCAUAGUGCCGCAGUGAGAACUUAUUUUUUAAUAUUUUUAAAUUUGUUUGAUUGGUGUUCCUGGGAAUUUUCAUCAUCGGAUUUGCAGUCGGCGAGUUUGAGAAAUCGGAAGGAGGACAUUUAAACAUGCGCGAAAAGUGGGAGUCUGGGGAAGAUCAUGGGCUACCAGAGGAGGGAUCUGAGGAUCCACCGAGUGGAAUGGAGAACAACGAAGCCUCCCCCGACCCAGCAGCUCCAACCACUUGGACUCUCACAGAUAAAUUGGCGCAGCAAUUGUCAACGAGCGAUCAAAACACCGAUUCAGGGGUCUCUCCAGGACACUAUCUAUCAGAAUCUCCAGGAAGUUCAGCAUCCCCUUUCAAUACUUCACAUAGUCUAUCACCGCCAAGUGGAGAAUCCAACGAUUCUGCUCCACUGCCUACUAAUAAUUACCAGUUCGGUCGUCUGGAGUUCCCCAUAAUACCCGAUGGGGAGACUGAUGAAGGAGCUACCGCGAUGGAUCAAGCUAUGGAUGUUGGCGCGGCGCCUGAUGUCAGUCAUCCCCCUGAAGAAACUCCGGAAAGUUUGCAGUGCCCUGUUUGCCAUUUCACGGCAGAAAAUAGAGUACAGUUUCGUGAUCACCUAACGGCACACUGCAUGAGCACCGAAUCACCGGACCUUCAGCAUGCCCUGUUCGCCCAGCUAUCACCUUCAUUGAAACCCCAACUGAGUCCCCAAGAUGCCGAAGAACGCGAGGAUGCGGCUCUUCGCCAGCCUCGAAUCAACUGUCAGGGUAAAGUGAAAACUUUUCGUUGCAGACAAUGUAAUUUUUCAGCUGUAACAAAACUGGACUUCUGGGAGCAUUCACGCCUCCACAUAAGAAUGGAAAAGCUCCUCACCUGUCCAAGGUGUCCUUUUGUCACUGAGUUCAAACAUCACCUGGAGUACCACAUAAGAAAUCACUUCAAUUCCAAACCCUUCAAGUGCGACAAGUGUCCUUACUCAUGUGUCAACAAAUCAAUGCUCAAUAGCCACUUGAAAUCCCACUCCAGCGUUUACCAGUACAGGUGUGCCAAUUGUGCCUAUGCCACCAAAUACUGUCACUCAUUGAAGCUCCAUCUGAGAAAGUACAAUCAUCAGGCAGCGAUUGUACUUAACCCAGAUGGUACACCCAAUCCUCUGCCCAUCAUCGAUGUGUAUGGUACCAGAAGAGGGCCAAAAAGGAAGCCAUCACAAUUAAAAUCCGCAGCAAAUUCUGGCAGCAGACUACGAUCACCACCACAACCAGGACCAUCCGCAAUGGGAUCACCACAACCCGGACCAUCUGGAAUGCAAUCACCCCAGCCUGGAACAUCUCAGAUCAAUUUCUUUCCAUCUGGAACGUCUCAGAUCAAUUUCUCUCAACCUGGAACAUCUCAAAUGAAUUUCUCUCAACCUGGAACAUCUCAAAUGAAUUUCUCUCAACCUGGAACAUCUCAGAUGAAUUUCUCUCAACCUGGAACAUCUCAAAUGAAUUUCUCUCAACCUGGAACAUCUCAAAUGAAUUUCUCUCAACCUGGAACAUCUCAGAUGAAUUUCUCUCAACCUGGAACAUCCCAAAUGGCACAACUUCAGCCUGAAACAUCCUGGAUGGGACUACCUCAACCAGGAACAUCCCAGAUGGGAUCACCACAACCAGGAACAUCGCAGAUGGGAAUGCCCCAGAUGGCACCAAUAGCAAUUAACAGUGGUUUCAAUUCAAUAAUGGCAUUCAGUACUCUCAACCCCAUGUUCUCAACCUUUCCAGUUGUCAAUGGAUUUACUGGAGGUGAUGCGAGUAGAAUGGAAGAAGUCAGAACUGCCCUAUAUAAUGAAUAUACCAGAACUAUUGCUGUUGCUGAUAGAAUGAAUGCUGAUAUUCCUCAUGAGUCAAUGAUUUACGGAUUCUCCGAUAAUCCAAGCUAUGCAGCGGAGGUCAAAGAAUUCGAGACAAUGUUGAUGGAGCAGGGGGAUCAGGACGAAAAUGAGGAGGAGGAGAACGACAGAGAGGAGAGCUGUGCAGCUCCCCUGGACCUCAGCAAACCUGACACAUCAAAUAACAGCAACAGUAAUGGGAGUAAUGAGGCCGCGGAACAGACACCUGAUCCUCCUAUGAAAAGCAAUGGAAAGAGCCGACGCAAGGGAAAGGCUGUCAAGCUUACCAGACAGGUUGUUCAGCAGGAGGAUGAACCGGAGGUCGUUCCUCAGGUAGUUGAAGAGAUCAAGCAGGAGCAACAGGAGCCGGAAGCUAACAACACACCUGAACAUUCUCCUCAGGAAUUUAUAUGCCAGUACUGCGAGCUCUCUUUUGGUAAUGACGUCAUGUACACCGUUCACAUGGGAUAUCAUGGAUUCACCAAUCCCUUCACUUGCAACAUGUGUGGACAUCGGUGUGUGGAUAAGGUGUCUUUCUUUCUGCACAUUGCCCGAGUUAAGCAUUCUUAGGAGAUUGGGGAGGUCAUUUGGGAUUAAGUGUGGAGAGAAAUGAUGAAGAUUUGAAAUCAUUUGAUAUGAAAAUUUUGAUAACUCAUCAAGAUCCCGAACUGGGGUGAUCUUUCAGGAUUAGGAUAAGGGUGUAAGCAGCUGAAGGAGGGUGAUCUUAGUAGUAAAUUGUAGGAUUAAGAAUAUUCAAUGGAAAUUACCCUUCGCUGCAUAAUUUGUCACGAAAAUUUUGCUACCGAUAUUUUUAUCGAUAUUUUUCAUAACUAAAUGUAAAUAUGGUUGUUGGUAUUAAGCUACUUUAUAAAUCAUGAAUUUCUAUUGGCGCGGUGUCCCGACAGACCAGGGGAUAGGGGAAAGGAUGGGCGCGAGAGGAGAAUUUUUUUUUUUUUUUGGGUUUUAAUAAUCCAUUACGGAAUUGAGAUUAUUUCCUAGUUGAAUAGGCAAUUUUGAGCGUUUGCGGUCUAGUCAUAGAUACUACAGGACACUUGCCGGGCUCCUAAGUAUUUGAGUGCAAUUAUUACUACAAUUUUUUUUUUGCUAAUUGCGGAAUUUUUUGAUGGGCCUAUUCAUAAGAACUCACGUGGAGUGGUAAAAUGUUUGAGGGAAAAUGUCGAGGAGCCUGUUUUGCAGAGAAAUUUUUAAAAAUAUAACCCGGGCCUUGCCAUUUUUCCGUGGAACUAAUGAUGAUUACUAUCAUGGGCCCAUCUUCAUUUUGAUUUUUCAUUUCAAAUUACUAUCUAACGUUUUUGAUCAAAAUUUUAUAUUUCAUACGUUUUUUUUUUAAAUAAAUAUAAUAAUUUAACAACCUGAAUUCACGGAGAGGAAAACAUUCAUUAAAAUUUAUGGAAUUGAGGGUUCGCAAUGAAAUUACGAAGAAGAAAAAUAUUGAAUUGCACUCAGUCGAUGCUCAGUUAUCGAGAAUUAAAAACAUUCCAUUUUUCUUUGGAUUUUUUAGCGAAUCGAAGACAUUUACAACAUAUUCUGGAUGUUUUGCAUCACAUGAUUGUCAGGUUAAUUUUUUCUUUUUUUUUUAUUCCAUCAUAUUUAAAAAGGCAAUGAAUGCAUGGUGCCUCAGAGCCUCUCCACUCUCGACCAAAAAUGUACAUAUUGUGUUAAUUGUACUAAAUGUAAUUAUCUUUAUCACGAUUAUAUUUUUCAUCUGAAUUAUGAACAUUGAGAUGAUGACUUCGAAAUUUUUAUGGACAAUAGAGAUACAUAGAGAUUUUUUUUGCCAUCCAGGUAUGAUAUAACUCCUACUUUAAGGUAUUAAUAAGUCUGAACGAUUCAUUCCGAAAAAUUUUGGAGAAAUGAUUUUACUUAUUAAGAAAAAUGCUCUCCAUACUUAAGACAUGAAUCAAGAUUCACUACGGUGGAGACUGAAAUUAAAAUAUCCUUGGGAACAUUAAUUGCUCAAUUUAAAUGUGAGCUGAGUUCCACUAAUAUUAUACAGAUAAUUCUGAAAUUGAAUGGACUCGUAUUUUCAUAAUUCAGUUUCUUGAAUUGUGAUGAAAUUGUAUUCUCAAAACAUAUGAGACAAGUUAUUGGGUAUUUUUUAUCCCAUUCAAUUACAGAAAUAUAAACUAAAGUUACAAUUAAUAAUCAUGUAUUUUUCUAAUCUCAAAUUUAAAAUUAAUCAACAAAAAAAAAAUGAACAGUUGCCUGGAGAAAUUGCCAAAUCGUGCCAAACCAGACGACCUCUGAAAUGUUCCUAAAAAAUCUUAAAAAAAAAAACAAAAAAAAAAGAUUAUAUAUUAUAUAUAAGAAAUAAUUGAUAUUAAUCAAUCAAAUCUAUCAAAUAGUUUUAUUUCCACUGUAUGGUUUUACACCUUUUACAGAUUAAAUUUUUUCUUACAAUA